UGCGCACCCCCUGGUGCUCUCACAGUUUGUGUGGUUAGAGAGAGAGGUUGUCUUCUCUCACUCUCUUCCCUCUGGUUGCUCAUUAUUCAGAGAGGGAGAGACACAUACACACUCAGUAAGGAGAGAGAGAGAGACGGAUCUUUCAGGUCAUCUGCAGCUGCAGAGCAGAAGCAGCCAGUGAAGGAGAGAGGAGGAGGAGGAGGAGGAGAAAGAGAAAAAAAGGCAAGGGAAGAUGGCGUUUCUCCAUUGCUGAGACUGGCAAGAGCACGAGACCCAACCAACAACUUCAAGCAGAUCCACCACCCUCACUCUCACAGAGCAUUUGAAGAGAAAGGAACUGAAGAGCUUUCAGAAGACCCAGGAUAAGAAGGUUGGAGCAGCUGUAUCUGGAAACCAAAUUUCCUAAUGUAAAAACAUAACCUAAGACCAUGGAGGUUCUUCAGUGUGAUGGCUGUGACUUCAGAGCCCAGUCCUAUGAUGACCUAAAGGCUCACAUUCAGGAUGUACAUACUGCAUUUUUGCAACCCACAGAUGUAACGGAAGAAAUUUCUAGUCAGAAUAGAUCUGUGGGUACGAAUUCUAGCACCCAGUCAGAAGGCGUGUUCUCUUCAGUUAAAGAUGAAUUUAUGUCAACAGAAGAAAAUCAUGGGCCAAGUGCUUCUCAAGUUACACCUGGAUCAUAUUAUAGCCAUAACACUGGUUUGUUUGGACAGUCAACAGCAGCAAACACCAAGCCAACCAACAAAUUUUUCCAGUGCAAGUUUUGUGUUCGUUAUUUUCGAUCCAAAAACCUCCUUGUAGAACAUACUAGGAAGGUUCAUGGCCAUGGUGGUGCAAGUCAAUCACCUGGAUCUUCAAGCUAUAAUAUUACGAUGCAUGAUGGCUUUGGGAAAGUAUUCUCUUGUCAGUUUUGUACGUACAAGUCACCCAGAAGAGCAAGAAUAAUUAAACACCAAAAAAUGUAUCACAAGAGUAGCCUAAAAGAAACUAAUACAACAGCAGCUUCCCAUGCAGCAUCUGUUCCCAUGCAAAUCCAAGAAGCAUGUAAGGAACUUCCUGCAGAAGUAGUGGAACGUAGCAUUCUAGAGUCAAUGGUAAAACCUCUAACAAAGUCCAGAGGGAACUUUUGUUGUGAAUGGUGCAGCUAUCAGACGCCACGAAGGGAGCGCUGGUGUGAUCAUAUGAUGAAAAAACAUCGUGGAAUGGUCAAAAUACUAUCAAGUUUAAGACAGGAUGGGAUGAACAUGUCUGAGCUACAUAAUAAAACUGCAAUUGUUUCCAGUCCUGGUACAAGCUUUAUGCCUCUAAAUAUAGGAACACAUGAUCUAACUAAUGCUAACAUGCCAAGUUACAGGGGCCCUAUAAAUAAUGCACUUCCCAGAGACAAUUCUCCAAAAUAUCCAUCCAUGUCAUAUGUUCCUAUUAAACCAAAACCUUCUUCAAAUGUAGGCAUUAUGAAUUUGUCAGACAGGUCACCCUAUGGAAUUCCAGAUAAGUCAAAUUCUGUAGUUGAAAUGGAUAAUAAUAGCAUGCUUAAUGAUUCCAGUUCUGAUGAAGAUUACAUUGAACUGGAUAGUGAAAAUGGUUUUGGGUCAUUGGAUCAUCCAGGAAUAUCUGGAGAGCCAUUACUGGGAUCAGAAAAUAACAAGUUAUUGGAAACAAAGGGAAUUCCCUUCAGAAGAUACAUGAACAGAUUUCAAUGUCCCUUCUGUCCUUUUCUCACCAUGCACCGGCGUAGUAUUUCUCGUCAUAUUGAAAACAUUCAUCUGUCUGGAAAGACUGCUAUUUAUAAGUGUGAUGAAUGCCCAUUUACUUGCAAAAGCCCUUUAAGGCUUGGGGCACACAAGCAAUGUCAUUCUGGUACAUCACCUGAGUGGGAUUCUGUUAGCACCCUGAACGAAAAUAUGCCUUCAUCCUUAAAUGAAACUUUUGAGAACAGCAGUGUAAAUGGAAGAAAAUCUGCAGUUAUGACUGAGCCUUGCCAACAGUACCCUUACAAGUGCACCAUGUGUAGCUAUUCUACUACUACUCUGAAAGGUCUCAGAGUUCAUCAGCAACAUAAGCAUUCAUUUUGUGACGACAUUCCUUCAUCGAAUAGCAAUGUGGUACAACAAGACAGUGAACCGGAUUCUAGUUCUAGUACAGUUAAGAAGAGUCAGACAUCUAUACUGGGAUUAUCUUCAAAAAAUAACUUUGUUGCAAAGACAUCACGGAAAAGUUCAAAUGAUUUUCCAUUAGACUUAUCACCUGGUAAAAAAAGAACAAGAAUUGAUGAAAUUGCAAGCAACCUACAGAGCAAAAUUAACCAGAGUAAGCAACAGGAGGAAGAUGCUGUCAUUAAUGUGGAGGACGAUGAAGAAGAUGAGGAAAAUGAAGUAGAGAUCGAAGUAGAGCUCGACAAAGAAGAUGACGUAUCUGAAGCAAUGAUGGAGGCAGGAGACACUUACACUUUUCAGCAGAUAUGGAAUAGGGAUGGAACUGCAUCCCAAAAAGGCAUGAACUUCAGGAAUAUCCAGAAUUAUUCAUCUUCCAAUGGAGCGGAGAUAGAGCUAACAUUGUCUGAUGAUGAUGAGGAUUAUUAUUACCAGUCAGUGAGCCACCAAGACUCCAAUGCAUCUGUUUCUUUCAACCAUUCUGGUGUUUUUAGUGAGAAUGACCAAAACAAUGAAAGUUCUGAAUAUAACGAAGAGUCGGGAAGACUAUAUUAUUGUAAGCAUUGUGAUUUUAGUAACAAAUCUGCCAGGAGUGUAAGUACUCACUAUCAAAGAAUGCAUCCAUAUAUUAAGUUCAGUUUCAGGUACAUCUUGGAUCCCAAUGAUCACAGUGCAGUGUACAGAUGCCUUGAAUGCUAUAUUGAUUAUAAUAACUUUGAAGAUUUACAGCAACAUUAUGCUGAGCAUCACCCAGAAGCAAUGAAUGUCCUCAAUUUUGACCAAACCGAUUUGAUAUAUAGAUGCCGCUUUUGUUCUUACACAAGUCCAAAUGUUAGAAGCCUAAUGCCACAUUACCAAAGAAUGCACCCAACGGUUAAGAUCAAUAAUGCAAUGAUAUUUUCAAGUUAUGUCAUUGAUCGCCAUGAUGAAUUAAGUUCUGAAUCUCAAACCUUAAGAGAAAUUUUGAAUUCUGCUCCAAAGAGCAUGACAACAUCCACUCCUGCUGGACCUGGUGCUAGUGCCCCUGCAACGUUUAGCAAAACUGCUACAAAGCCAUUUGCCACAGAAAAUGAAAAUCAAAAAUCUCCGUCAUCUCUUAAUAAUGUGGUGGUCUAUGACUGUGACGUGUGUAAUUUUGCAAGUCCAAACAUGCAUUCUGUUCUAGUUCACUAUCAAAAAAAGCAUCCUGAUGAAAAGGCUUCGUAUUUCCGUAUUCAGAGAACCAUGCGUAUUGUCUCAGUGGACAGUGGAACUGCAUUAUCACAGCUAGCAUUUGAUGGGGGCUGUUCCAUAACACCAACUACUUCCAAUGUGGUACCCAGUCAAGAUUUAAAUGCUGAAAUUUACUUUUGCAAGCAUUGUUCAUAUAGUAAUCGCUCAGUUGUUGGUGUGUUGGUACACUAUCAAAAACGACACCCUGAAAUAAAAGUUACUGCAAAGUACAUUAGACAAGCACCUCCAACAGCUGCAGAUAUGAGGAAUGCUGAUAUUCCUCCACCAAGCACACCGUCAAAGCCUCCAUCAUCUUCCCAAAAGAAGGGCUCUUUACAGCAUAGAGAAAAUGAGAUGUUCUUUUGCCAGCACUGUGAUUAUGGAAACCAGACCGUUAAAGGAGUUCUUAUCCAUUAUCAAAAGAAACACCGGGAUUUUAAAGUAAAUGCAGAUGUAAUUAGACAACAUACAGCUGCCAUUAGAAGUCUCUGUGAUCAAGGACAAAAGAAGCAAGAAGUCAAUACAAAGUUAUCACCAUCCACAGCUGAGAAUGAGAAGACAAAGCUUCGAAGUCUCAGGUGUAGACAAUGUUCAUAUUCAACUCCUUAUGUAUAUGCACUAAGGAAACACAUGAAAAAAGAUCAUCCUACCUUGAAGGCCACUGUAACUUCAAUAUUGAAAUGGGCCUUUUUAGAUGGUUUUAUAGAAGCUGGUUAUCACUGUGAAUGGUGUAUCUAUUCUCAUUCAGAACCAGGUGGCUUACUUGAACAUUACCAAAGGAGGCACCCGGAGCACUAUGUAGAUUACACCUAUAUGGCCACUAAACUAUGUGCAGGUCCAGACACUAACCCUACUCAAGCAGCAUCAGAACCAAAACCAUAUAAGUGUAAGGAAUGUACAUUUGAAGGACCUUCUAUCUGGGAUAUAAGUAAUCACUAUCAAUCUUUUCAUCCUUGGGCGCUCAAAGGGGAUGAAUCUGUGUUGCUUGCAAUAAUUCGAGAAAAAGAUGCUUCAGAAAAAGCAAAUGCAGAAGAGUUAAUAUCUUCACAGAGUCAACCUCUACAAAAGAUUACAGCAAAUGCAGAACAGGGUGACAGUGGUGAUGAAUCCGGCCUGUCACAUGAAAAACCUUUACAAUCAUCUGUUCACUCUGUGCUUUCUUCCUCCCCAUAUCAGUGCAUGGUUUGCCAGUCUGAGUACAACAACUUACAUGGCCUACUGACCCAUUAUGGGAAAAAACACCCUGGUAUGAAGGUCAAAGCCGCAGAUUUUGCACAGGACAUAGACAUUAACCCCACAUCUGUAUAUAAAUGCAGACAUUGUCCUUAUAUUAACACUCGGAUUCAUGGAGUCCUUACUCACUAUCAAAAGCGACAUCCUUUAAUAAAAGUAACUGCUGAAGACUUUGUGCAUGAUUUUGAACCACCUGCAGAAAUUGCUCAGAAUGAAGCAGAAGAAAACAAUCGCAUCUUUAAGCAGGGCUAUGGUGCUUAUAGGUGCAAAAUAUGUCCCUACACACAUGGAACUCUUGAAAAACUAAAAAUUCACUAUGAAAAAUAUCAUGACCAAACCGCUCCUGAAAUGCUUUCUCAGUUGUCUCCAAAAGAGAUUUCAUCUGUUGACCAAGACACCCUUUCUGAUGAACUUCCACCUCAGACAGUUGUCACUCUUGAACCUGGUGAGGUGACAGAAACUGUAAAUUCUAAACGAAACCACUUGGCCCCACACACGGUCUUCAGAUGCCAGCUAUGUAAAUACUUCUGCUCUACCAGAAAAGGAAUUGCUAGACAUUACCGAAUCAAACAUAACAAUGUUAGAGCUCAGCCAGAAGGAAAAAAUAAUUUAUUCAAAUGUGCACUGUGUAACUAUACAAAUGCUAUUCGCAAGGGCCUUGCUGCUCAUUACCAGAAGCGUCAUGAUAUUGAUGCAUAUUAUACACAUUGUUUAGCUGCCUCUAGAACCGUUACUGACAAACCUUCUAAAGUAAUCAUUCCUACCCCACCAAAAGAGGACUCCCCUGAGUUAAGCGAAGAGUUAAAAAAGGCAGUGGAAAAGAAAAAAUGCUCUCUAUGUCCCUUCCAAUCCUUCAGCAAAAAAGGGAUAAUGUCUCAUUAUAUGAAACGUCAUCCUGGUGUUAUUCCAAAAAAACAAAAUGCCAGCAAGCUUGGUUGUUAUUUUACACCUGUGUAUGCUGAGGAAAAUGAAUGCCAAAGUUCUGGUGAAGAAAUUCUUGAAUCAGAGGCACCAGUUAUUGAUGCAGAGCCUCUGGAAAUGGAAUUGCUUCCAUUUAGAUGUAUAAAAUGUUUCAAACUCUCUUUUAGCACUCCUGAGCUUCUCUGCAUGCAUUACACAGACCACCACAGCAAGGAUAUAAAGAGGGACUUCUCCAUUUUGGGUAUAACUGGCACCCGAUCCUUGACCACUACAUAUCAAUGCAAACAUUGCAGCAGCAGGCUAAACAAUGUAGCUGAGUUGACAACUCAUUUAAAUUCUCAUAUAGAGGACUUCCAGAAGCGUGCCAAACGUCAAGAGAGGAGGAAGCAGCUCUUGAACAAGCAAAAAAGUGCAGAGACUGCCAUAGCAGAUGGAAAGCAUGAUAAGAGUGGUCAAGAUGUCAUGCCAAAAAAGGAAAAAGUUGUUGUGGGCUACAAAUGUAAAUUCUGUGUGGAAGUCCAUCCUACCCUCCGUGCUAUAUGUAAUCAUCUCCGCAAACAUAUACAGUAUGGAAAUGUUCCACCUCUUCCCCCUGACUUCAAGGAUGACAAAGAAGAGGUUGGUCAUGUGAAUGAUGACCCAGAAAAAGAACCUGUGGGAGAAAGAGAAGUUUCUGAAGCAGAUACAAAAGAGAUUAACCAGGAGGAGGAAUUAAGACCUGGUGGAUACCCCUGCACCCAGUGUGACCGUGUUCUAAUGUCUAUGCAAGGUCUACGAUCCCACGAAAGGAGUCACUUGGCACUGGCUCUGUUUACUCGAGAAGACAAAUAUAGCUGUCAGUUCUGUUCAUUUGUCUCUGCCUUCAGACACAAUUUGGAUCGUCACAUUCAGACUCAUCAUGGACAUCACAAACCAUUCAGAUGCAAACUGUGCCCUUUCAAGUCAUCUUACAAUAGCAGGCUGAAAACACAUAUUCUAAAAGCACAUGGCGGGGAGCACCAUGCCUACAAAUGCUCUUCUUGUUCAUUUUCAACAAUGACCAUCAGUCAGCUGAAAGACCACUCUUUGAAAGUUCAUGGUAAAACCCUACCUUUGCCCCGACUGCGUGCUAUUUCUCAGACAAGCCCACGUGGCAGACAGUCAUCACGGAUUGGGAAGGAAACUGGUCUAGAUGAAUCUUCAUAUUCUGAACCACCAGAUGUUCAGCAGCAACUGAAUCAUUACCAAUCCGCUGCCUUGGCUAGGAGUAACAGUAACAGUAGCCCUGCACCUCUUCCUGUUGUGAAAACCUUGGCUGAGCUAAAACAAGAACCAGUUCUCAACUGUGAAUUCUGUGAGUUUUCUUCUGGAUACAUUCAGAGCAUUCGGCGUCACUAUCGAGAUAAACAUGGAGGAAAGAAGCUUUUCAAGUGCAAAGACUGCUCUUUCUACACAUGCUUUAAAUCAGCGUUUACUAUGCAUGUUGAAGCUGGGCAUUCAACAAUCCCCGAAGAAGGACCCAAAGAUCUUCGCUGUCCGUUCUGCCUUUACCACACCAAAUAUAAACACAACAUGAUAGAUCAUAUUGUUCUACACAGAGAGAGCUUUAGUGCAAAACAGGGGUCGACAAAAGAAGAAAGAGUUGUUCCAAUAGAAGUCUGUCGAUCCAAGCUAUCAAAGCAACUGCAAGGUGUCGUAUUCCGGUGUGAUAAAUGUACUUUUACCUGCUCCAGUGAUGAAAAUCUGCAGCAACACAUAGAGAAGCAUAAUGAGUUGAAACCCUACAAAUGCCAGCUCUGCUACUUUGAAACCAAGCAAACAGAGGAGCUAGACAGCCAUCUCAGAGAGGAACAUAAGGUAUGUCGCAAUUUUGAACUGGUCGGACUAGUGAAUUUGGAUCAGUUGGAACAAUUGAAAGAUAAAAAUGAGACUUUAAGCAGUGAUGAAGAAGAAGCUAGCAAGUCUGAAGACAACACGUUUGCCAGCAACGAUGUAGAAACACCAGGAAAACGUUUUCAGUGUGAAUUCUGUGGACGAACCUUUACACAACACUUCGAAUGGGAACGACAUGUGUUACGUCAUGGCAUGACAGUACCUGAAAACAAAGAAAACCGAAAGCCAAAAGAAAACGUUGAAGAAAGCCAGAAAGAACUUUUUGUGGGCAAAGUUGAAAAGUCAGAGGAUGGAUUAGAAGAUUCUUUUCAGCAGGCAAAAGUGUCUAGUUUUAAAAACCAAUCUUUUGUGGACAAAAUGGAGACCAAAAAGGAAUAAAACAUUUCAGGAGAUCCAAGAGUACAUACUUGAACAUUUACAAAAUUGGUGAAAUCUACAAAUAAAAAGCUGCUUUUUAAAACCUUAUUUUUCCCAAGCACUGGUACUCAUGCAAUUGUGUAUAAAGUACUAUAUUUAAAUGAAGAACUGAGUCACUCCAUUGACAUCACUACUUCUGUGUUCCAUGCUUACCAUUAAGGAAGCUUCAUUUGUUUGGGAUUAAUGGGUGGAACAAAAAUUUUUUUCCCAAGACUGAUCCAAUCCCUCAUGUGAUAAUACUUUUCAAAGCACCACUUUUGGGACAUGUUUAUACGUUUUAAUACAAGCUUUCCAUGCUGUUGCAGCUGCUCUACAGACAACUACAGACUUUUCUGCUCUUUAUACAAGGAUCAACAGAUUCCUAGUACCUCAGAAUUAACCAAGGGAAUUCUCUGUAUUUGUUCAUACUACUUUCCCCAGAGGCUGAAUGUUGAGCAAGAUGGUGAACAAAUAUAUUUGCAAAAUAGAAAACUAGACAAUAUGUUCUCCUUGAAACCCCUGUUGGGCUUUGUCUUAAAAUACUGUGAUUAAUUUUUUUUUUUUUUUUAUAUUUUAAUAAAACAAAAAUAAAAAAAAGUUAAAAUACUAGGUUACUGUAUGUGAAAUGUCACUCUUAACCGCAGGUAAGCUGUUUUUUUUUUUGUUCUACUUAAAUAAGUAGCCACUUGAUUUGUGCAGGCUACUAUACCAUGUACUAUUUCUACUUGUUUGAAAUCCACAAUAAAAAAAAAAGCAGCAUAAAUCUUUUAAUUUUUUUUACUGCUUUGGAAUGGUUGUUUUCCAGAAAACUGUGUGUACCUGGUACACCUGUUAGAAAAAAUUAAUUUGUAUGCUAAAUAAUCAAUUUUGCAUAUGGUAUGUUUAUUUCAAAUUGCAAUUUGAUCUAGUAUUUUUAAUACAUUUUGUUUUAAAAUAUUGUUUUUCUAGAGGUUAAAAAAAACAUGUCAAAUGACGUUGUUAAUUUUAUUUUUACAUUACUUUUUAUCUUGCACCUCCAGAGUCAACUCACAGCACACUGACCGGUUAACUAACAGUUGCAUAACUUAUUAUAUUGAGGGAUUAUUGUGUUUGUUUUUCAGAGCUAGUAUUCCUCUCUAACCACCCCUUGUUUAUUUUCCCACUCCUAUUUACACUCUUUGUCUGCCUAUUUAAAUCUUGAUGACCUUAGGAGUGAAUUAGAACAUUCCAGCUAAUUGAGCAUUAUUGUAAAUCAGUAAUUCGGACAAAAUGUUUCUUGUAUAUGACCUUUUAGUUAUUUUUACUCUUCCCAUUGCAGUUUCUUUCUCCCUAUCUCUAAUCGCCUAUAUAUUUUGAUUUAUUUUCAAGUUGAUAGUAUUGGCUUACAAAGGUAGUUUUCACUUAAAUUUGCUUAGGGUUCCUCCAUUGAGUUGCUGCAUUCCCUACCUCAUUACUUUCAUGUCUAACAUACUGACAAUUUCUAAACCAAUCAAAUUGGGGCGUUCUUGUGAAAAUAAAAUGGUGAACACCUUUUUUAUUUUUUUGCCCAAGUUUCAAAUAUGUUUUUGUUCAAAUUUAUAUACGAAAGACCGGAAUAGUUUUUACUAAUACAGAAGUUCCAGUAGACCAUUUGUUACCUGUUAGGUAGCUUUAAACACACACUGGAAGAUACAACAGAUGGUUUGUUGCUGCCAAAACAUGGAGCGUUAUCAGUUGAACUUGUUCUUUAAGCUCUUUUUGACAGUGAGUGGCUACCAAAAACAAUAAAGGUUCUGAUGUGUUUUUAUCACUACUUUAUUUUUCAAAUAACAUGUAAAUAUUGUAAUCCAUUGGCCUUCUGUUUUGCUAAACUGUUAAUAAAUCUGCGGGACCAUUAUCCUUUUAAACCUA